CGGGGAGAGCGGUCGAUCGGUGCGGCGGGUGGGGGGAGCGACGCGUCGGCGUGCGGGAGUGCCUGCGGGAGUGCCUGCGGAGAGAACACCUCCUUUUUCCACGGCAGAGCCGUCCCGCGGCGCCACACACAGACAGACAGACAGACAGACAGACGACCCCUACGUAAUCUGUGGAUUUGGCCGCUGUGUGUGAUGAGCGUUUCAGCACGGUGCCUGUGCACGGGGGCGCUGGCUCUUGUAAUCUGCUCUGUAGCACACCAUGUCCGCCCCGCCGGAUGCCAAUGCCGCCUGCGACAACUACAAGAACACGAGGUUCGCCAGAGAGCUCGUGAACCAGCUGCUGCUGUUCCCCCGGCUCCGGGCGUUCGAGCACAAGCACGAGGCGUUGCUCUUCCGGUCGCUCUACUUCGCCCUCUCGGACCACGACCAGUUCUACGACUUCAUCUUCCCGCGGGAGAAGCGGCUCAUCCUGUACCCCCGCACCUGGGACGAGGUCAACCAGAACACCUUCAACAAGUCGUUCUACCUGGACCAGGUGAAAAACAAGUCCAGGGGCCACACGGGCCACAUCUGCGCGUCGUCGAUCCCGCAGGGCCGUCUGGUGUACAACUGCUACGACUGCGGCGUCGACGCCACGUGCUGUCUGUGCGAAGACUGCUUCAACAAGGAGGAGCACUCCGACCACAACGUCAGCGUCCACAAGUCGUCCGGCGACGCCAUCUGCGACUGCGGCGACGACAGCUCCUGGAAGGUCGACUUGCUGUGCAAGGCCAACGAGACGGAGGCGAAGCUGAAAAGCGCCCUCCCGCAGUUGCCGGCAAAGCUCAAGGAAAACAUUUCCAUACUCGUCCGCGUCCUCUUCGACUUCAUCCUCGAUGUCCAGCUCACCAACCUUUCGCCGCUCCCAGCCCUGCCGUUCCACAACCCGGCAGAAGACCCGGCAGACUUCCUCGCCCAGCUCGCCCACACAGACACCUUGCCUGCGUACACGGGCGAUCAGGAUGGCACCCACAAUGGCGUCUACUCCACGGAGAACGACGAGGGCCGCUUCGACGUCGUGGAUCUCGGCGACCUUCACGAAUAUUACUGCCUAGUCAUCUGGAACGACGAAUUCCACAACUUCGACCAGGCAAACAGCUUCCUCAGCGUCGCCUACCAGUUUUCCCCAGACUACCACGACGACAACCACCCCUGGUACGAGGUCUCCUACAAAGGCUACGCCGACUUCGACUUCAACAAAAAUGGAGUCACCCAAUUGGCCAGAAUCAUCGACGAAAGAGGAUUUGUCGUCUAUGCUAGAUCCAAGGAUAGGUCAGUGCUCGAGAAAAAGAUUGACAAAUUCAAAAAAUAUAAGGCGCUGGGCUACUCCGAACUACGCUAUUCCCUCAUCACGGCAACGGAAUACGUUAACUUGUCAAUAUGCCGUGCAAUCAUACUCUGGUUUGACGUCAUUCUCGAAAACGAAAACGUCCUUCUCACAGACUACAUUAAACAAGAGCUUUCCAAGGUCUUGUUUGAACCAGCGAAUUUCCACUUGAAGAGUCUCCCGCUCUUUGGCGACCUCAUUGAUACCCAUUUCCUCGUCAACGAAAACUUGGAAAUUCCCCUCUACAAAGAGGUCAUCAGUUCAGAUGCCACCUUCACAACUCCGAUACACAACGUCACAGUCGAAUUGGAUGACUCCCUUUCUCCAACAAACUCCCUCACCUACUACAAAAAUGCCUCCAGGUUACAAUAUCUCACCUUUUUUGAAAUGAGGUACCCGAAAUCGAUGAGAAAAUUGAUCAAAAAGACAAUUAUCCCGAUUAUAACGAACACCGCCGAUACAAGGUCGAAGUUUGCCCAACAGGUGAUGUCGAUCCUUACCACCCUAGAAUAUAAUGCAGCGAAAAAUGAUAGAGAGUGGCGUUUGAGCAUUUUGGAGACCUUCAGGCUUCAGGUGUACCAUGAUCCAAACUUAGGCACGGAGUUGUUGCGGUUAGGCUACUUGACCAACGUCCUUGAUAGCAUCCUUGCUAUACUCAUCAGUUCGUCCUCCUUAGUUAACGGGAAGUAUCACAUAGUGGCACAUGACUCUUGGAAAGUUCAGCGCACAGUAGAAGUUUUGUCCCAAGCUGUUGGAGGUUUAAGUGUGAUCUUAAACUUCCUCCAUGAAGGCCGUGAAGAACUUUUCAUUGACGAUUUUAUUUACAAACUACUACGUUUAUUCACAGCAUUUGAUGAGAUUUACAAACUGAAAAGAAAGACUGACAUCUAUGAAGAAUUCCAAGACCACAGAACUUGUGAAGCGUACCAUAACAGUGUCAGACCAAUGUAUACCGUGUCGCAAAGUCUUGCUAGGAUCUGCUAUGGUUUCAAAACUCCCAACGAAAAGGUGGAGAAGUCAAUUGCCCUCAUUUCAAGCUAUCUCAAGGCAAAGCCAAGAACAUACACAGAAUCGGGCGCUGUCCUAUUUAACAUCACGGAAGAUGGUGUUUCUAUGUCGCAUCCCGUGGGGGACCUAUUGGCCGAAUUGUCAAGAGGUUACAAAUUCUACACUCCAGAAUUGCUUUCAAAGUCAAUAUCACACAUAUCGCAUAAUCGUGAUGGAACCUCUUCAUUUGAAAUCGAUCCAGAAAAUGCAUUGACCAGUUUUGUCGGUGUCGCAGAUGAAAUGUUACAGCCUUGGGUUUUCCAUUCUCAAAUUUCGUCAAAUUUUUGGAUCAGAAAUGGUAUCUAUGUUACCUUUGCAAAUUACUUCUUCGAUGCUUACAAACCGGAAAAUAACUUAUAUAUCAUUCAACAAGGUAUCAUAACAGAUCAAUUACCUUUACAAGAUAUUAUCGAUAGAUUCAUGCUAGAGUCAGCCAUCUCAGGUGAUACUGAGUUCGAGUCGACAACCUAUGAGGAAAAAAUUCCAAUUAUUUUGCACGAAUUUAUGUCCUUGAUGUAUUAUCUUUUGACAUUCAGACAAUACUAUGACUCCAACCUUACCUACGACCAAUGCUUAAGCUUGUUCAACGAAUAUUGCAUUGCGUCAAUUCUCGCUCCUGCCCCAUUGAAGUACUCUGAGAUGGAAGAUUCUUUUCCUUCUUGCCCAAACUUUGAUGAAAUAUUGAAUCAAAUUACAACAUACGUUCCUCCAACAAGCUAUAAUGACUAUGGUCGUUACACUUUGAAGGAUAGCUAUUGGAAUAAAGUCGAUCCGUUUAGCUAUUUUCAUGGAAAAGUUUCUUCUUCCGAAGUGGAAGAAGCUGUGGUGAAAAAUCUGGCAAUUAUCAAAAAUAAAAAGGAAGAUGACGUUAUUAUUUCCCCCUACCUCUAUCCUUUGAGCGAAACAGAUUUGUUAAAGUUCCAAAAAGUUGGACAGUUUAUGAAAUCUGCGAAAUUUGUCAAAGUCUUAUACAAACUUCUGAGAUUUGCUGUUACCUCUGAAGUUGACUCUCAUUUGAAUAUGAUUUUACAGUUGAUUCACGCAAUUAUCCUAGAUGACGAGCUAUAUAACAAGGAAGAUUCACAUGGGUUGAAAUCUUUUGUGGAAAUUCCAAUAUGCAACUUGCUUUUAACAGCAGCAGAGAAAACUGAUCUUCCAAAGUAUGUUUCCAAAAAGGCAUCUACCAUUUUAGAAUUGUUGUUGUUGAAAGACGAUGAUGUUCUUACAUCUCUUAUGCUCUGCUUCGGUGAAUCUCAUAUGGAAGAGUAUAAAAAAUCUAAGCAUGGAAAAACCUUAGAAACUAAGCUUGAACGGAGAAGACGGUUGGCACUCAAGCGUCAAAAGAAGGUGCUGAAAAAGAUGAAGAAGCAACAGUCUGCUUUUGUCGAUAAUAACAAGAAUUUUUUUGAUGCUUCAGGUUCGAAAGACAAUGAUGAAAAGGAGAAAGAUCGUUCAGCUUCUGCUUCUGCAGGUUCUAAAGGGAAUGAGACAGAGACUAGAAAUUGCAUCAUCUGUAAAAAUCCAGAAACAAAUGAAUCCUUAUUUGGAAUACCUGCAUUAAUCUCCACUUCAUCUAAUUAUUGGACCAUACCCACUAUUGAUGAUGACCCUCCUUUUUUCAUGGUAAAAGAAUUCUCAAAGGCAAGUAUUUCACACCCAAAUGCCUCUGGUCAGUCAUCCUGUACCAGAGACAAGCUAGUUAUUUUUGGUUGUCCUCAUGGUAUGCAUUAUUCAUGUUUCCAAUCUAUGCUACACAAGAAGAAGAUGUCAACAAGCAAUUUCACAUGUCCGUUAUGCAAAGGAAAAUACAACAUUUUUGUCCCAUCUUUCAAAUUGGGGGAGAUUGAAGUUGAUUCUAAGGGAUACGAACCUAUUAGGUAUAAUGAAGAGCGUAUAUAUUCACACUUCUAUGGCGACAAUAUCUCCUCGUUAACCAAUCAAAUAUUUCACAAACCUAUUUCGAGUAUAUUAAGUGAAUCAGGAAGCAAAAAUUUUGAGAAUUUGAUGGCUGAACUACUCGAGUUGAAAGAUGAAAACCUUUAUCUCAAAAAAUGUACCCCUCCUUUCAAAUCAUUAUUGACAUCUUUCUAUAGGUACUCGAGAAAGGGCUAUUAUGUUCAAUUUUCUCUGCCAUUAUUGAUUGCCUCAACUUUAGAGAUGCAUGAAAUAGCUACGAGAAGUGAUCACACUAUUAUUAUCCCGGAAAUGUUGGACUUGGUUCUAAAAUCUUUAUUACAAUAUAGAAUUUUAACUAACAACGAAAAUCUCAAAGGUGAGAGAGAAAAGAAGAAGUAUUAUGAGUUUUUGCUAAACAACCCGUACUUAGGGUUCAUGGAGACAACCAUGCUUCUUUUUACUGAAAGUGAUAUUCCAUUGUCCAUAUGUGUCCAAUUCUCGUUGAUGAAGAGAGUCAUUUAUACAGCUUUUUCUUUAUUACAGAGGAAUGAGGUUAAUUCACAAAACUUGCAGUUUGAUUCAUUACUUGAUGAUGUUGAAGACAUACCAGAACAUUGUAUUUCCUACCAGUCGCUAAUAAAUAUACUGGAGUCCGUGGUACAGAACUCUUCGAAAGUUGAUGGCUUCAAAUUUGAUGGUUCUUUCGUCCAGAAGUUGUACAAGCUUAUCAAAACUAACCUCAAAAAUUUCGAGAGACAAGCUCAAUUCUUGUCUCUGUUUUUGAACACUCUCCCUCUUGAAGAAGGAGAAACAUUGUUACCUGAUUUGGAUGAAUUUUUGGCUAAUUCGCUGAAUCCUAAUAGCAAUGAGGCGGAGUUUCAAAAAUUACUUGUCAAGGGUAUCCCUAUGAGUUACCAUGAAAAGACUUUCCCAAAAUGUCAUAAGAGAGACAAUCAGAUUGAUAUCAUUGAGUAUCCUAAAGGUGUACAUUUAAUUGAGCUUCCGGCCAAAUUGAAAGAUAUUGCACUUACUGGAAUGACUAAGACUGAAAAGGUUGUUAUGGGAGAUGUUUAUGAGAAUUCACGUGUCGGUCAUGUCAAAUGCUCGAACAUAUGUUUGCAUUGUGGUAAGUGGGUACAUAAAAGCUCAGAGCAUGGUAGAGAAUGUAAAUUGAGUGGUUAUGGCACACUAUUUUUCACUCCUAUGAAAAACAGACUAACUCUGCUUAUCAGUCGUAUGGUUACUGAUAAAUCCUUCAUUAUUGAGUCGCCAUACUUGAAUAAGCAUGGAGAACCCUCUAAGGGCCUUGUUGGAUUAGGUGAUGCUGGGACGUUAAGUAGAGAGAGGUAUGAACAUCUUCAAAGAAUGUGGUUCAAUCAAAACAUCAUCGGCAGCUAUAUUCGUGACUCAACGAGAGAAUUCAGCUAUUUGCCGAUGGCCAGCAAUGCGACAAGCGAGGUUUAUAUUCCAGGGAUUUUUGAGCCUGCACCAGAUUCUAUGCCACCAGCAGCCCCGAACUCUGGAACUUUCAGGCGACUUUUAGGAUUCCCCGAUGUGAUGUUUGACCCCGAAAUAGCCUUGCUAGGUUUACGUAAUGUUGUUGGCAUUGAAGACGACGACGAAGAUGAUGAUGAAAUCGAGUUUUAUGAGAACACCGAUUACGUUAGUGACGAGGCCGAGUUUUUUGUUGCUCAAAAUCUUCCCGGUACAGGAGAGAGGAAUGCUGAAGUUACAAACUUUAUACCAUUUGGUCUCCCCCAAACGGCUGGCGAGGCAGACGAUGAUGAUGACGAAGAAGAUGAGGAUUACAACGAUGAAGGCCAUGAACAUGAGGAAGACGACGCUGACGAAGAAGAUGAGAGAGACGACCAUGGUGGCAUCGGCAACGCUGAUGAUGACCACGGUUUUCCGUCUACCACUGUUAGCGAGAAUGAAGGACAAGCUGGUCCAACUAUUGAAUGGCUUAUGCCAGAUCAGGAGUACAACAGCGACGAAGACAGCGACUACGUGGAUAGUAGAAUGGACGUUGACAGCGGCGAUGACACCGAUCAUGUCGUUUGGUGAUAUAAUGUUUAUUGUAGCGGUUAACAAGGACUGGUUGUAUUUUUUUGUGGAUGUGUGUAUAAUGUUUUAACGAAGAAAUUAACGCUCAUGUACCCGGAAACUCAACUAUCUAGGAACUUAUAUUGCAACCAUAGCGCUGCCGCGACGUUGGGUAGUUUAUUAGUUUCCAA